AUGGGGUUGGGAAACCUUUACAGAAGACGUAUUAGAGUAUUUACAAUGGCCGUAGUAGUAUACCUAGAUUAUAAGGGUGUACAACAACGAGAGAAAUGGGUUAGCAAAUCUAAACAACCCGCGCUGUGGGAGAAGGCUCAUGAGAGGAAUGCUAAACGAAUUCUAAAAUUGAUAAUAGAGAUGGAAGGCUUGUGGGUGAAACUUGGGCAGUAUAUGUCAACACGAGCAGAUGUUCUUCCUGCAGCUUAUAUAAAUAAUUUGAAGCAGUUACAGGACUCCCUUCCUCCUCGACCAUUGGAAGAGGUCUAUGGUACGAUACAGAAAGAGUUGGGGAAAUCAAUGGAUGAGCUAUUUUCGGAUUUUGUCAAUGAACCCUUGGCAACAGCAUCAAUAGCCCAAGUCCACCGUGCAACUCUGCUCAAUGGACAGGAAGUGGUUGUUAAAGUUCAACACGAUGGCAUCAAAACAGUCAUACUGGAGGACUUAAAAAAUGCAAAGGCAAUCGUUGACUGGAUUGCAUGGGCCGAGCCACAGUAUAACUUCAAUCCUAUGAUUGAUGAAUGGUGCAAAGAAGCUCCUAAAGAACUUGACUUCAAUCUUGAAGCAGAAAACACCAGAACUGUAGCAAAAAAUCUUGGUUGCAGAAACCAACAUGAUGGAAAUUUAAAUCCCAAUAGAGUAGAUGUUUUAAUCCCAGAUGUAAUUCAGGCUACUGAAAAGAUCCUUGUUUUAGAGUACAUGGAUGGAAUUCGGUUGAAUGAUUUAGAAUCACUACAAGCACAUGGAGUGAAUAAACAAAAGAUUGUUGAGGAGAUUACUCGUGCCUAUGCCCACCAAAUAUAUAUUGAUGGGUUUUUCAACGGUGAUCCUCACCCAGGAAAUUUUCUUGUGAGUAAGGAAUCUCCACAUCGUCCCAUUUUACUCGACUUUGGGCUUACAAAGAAACUUUCAAGCACCAUUAAGCAAGCACUUGCAAAGAUGUUUUUGUCAUCUGUUGAGGGGGAUCAUGUGGCCCUUCUGUCCGCCUUUUCAGAAAUGGGGCUUAAGCUGCGUCUGGACAUACCAGAGCAGGCAAUGGAAGUGACAGCUAUAUUUUUCCGUGCAACAACACCAGCAAGAGAAACGAUUGAAUCAUUGAAAUCUCUAGAGGAUCAAAGAACUAAAAAUAUGAAGGUUAUACAAGAGAAAAUGAACCUUGACAAAAAAGAAAUGAAACGCUUUAAUCCAGUUGAUGCAUUUCCCGGUGAUAUUGUAAUAUUUGGAAGGGUUCUUAAUCUUCUAAGAGGGCUUUCUGCUACCAUGGGCGUUCACAUAGUAUAUAUGGACAUAAUGAGGCCAUUUGCAGAAUCUGUUUUGAGUGGGUUUAUUAGUAGAGGACCAUCGGUAAAUGAUGGAUGGGUUUUUGAUUCACCAGUGCAUUCUGGUGUUGAAGCCAAGCUGAGGCAACUUUUAAUUGAGUUGGCAAAUAACGAUAAAAUACUUGGAAUCCAGGUAUGCGCUUACAAAGAUGGAGAGGUCAUUAUUGACACUGCCGCUGGAGUGCUUGGUAAAUAUGAUCCUCGUCCAGUUAAGCCUGAUAGCCUUUUUCCAGUGUUUUCUGUUACAAAGGGUAUCACAGCAGGAAUGGUACAUUGGCUGGUUGACAAUGGAAAACUAAACCUUGAAGAGAAUGUUGCAAAUAUUUGGCCAUCAUUUCGAUCAUCUGGGAAAGAAGUCAUUAAGGUUCAUCAUGUGCUUAAUCAUACAUCUGGUUUGCACAAUGCAAUGGCAGACAUGAGUCAAGAAAACCCUUUUCUAAUGUUAGAUUGGGAUGAAUCUUUAAACCGCAUUUGUACUUCGGCGCCUGAGACUGAACCGGGAAAGGUGCAGAUGUAUCAUUAUUUGUCAUUUGGCUGGUUGUGCGGUGGAAUCAUUGAGCAUGCAUCUGGAAAGAAAUUUCAGGAGAUCCUUGAAGAAUCAAUAGUUCGUCCCCUCCAGAUCGAAGGAGAACUAUAUAUAGGAAUUCCCCCAGGAGUGGAAUCACGUCUUGCAGCUCUGACUGUAGACACAGAUGAUUUAAGUAAGUUCUCAGCGACCGGUAGUCGUCCGGAACUGCCCUCCACCUUCCAGCCACAGCAAAUUGUUCAAAUGGCAACAACUUUACCUCCUCUUUUCAAUACACUAAAUGUUCGGCGGGCCAUCAUACCAGCUGCUAAUGGACAUUUAUCUGCCCGGGCACUUGCACGUUACUAUGCAGCUCUAGCUGAUGGUGGCAAGAUACCGCCGCCUCAUUCUUCGUCUUCUAAGCCAAUACUUGGAAGUCAUCCCCAUAUCCCCAAAUUACCUUCUCAAAAAGUCCCCAAAAAGCGGAAAUGUCUUGGAAGGGGGGUGGCAACUUUACCUUCAAUUAAUAAAAGUUAUGAAAAAGUCUCUAGCAAAGAAGAAUCUGAGGUUACAGAAGGAAGAAACAACAUCAGAGAUAGUAGCAGUAGUGAUGAUGUCGGUAGUAGCAAUGUGGAAAGUAGUAAUCCACGAACCCAUGUUCCUGGUAAGGUCUAUCAGAACCCUAGGAUCAUAGACGAGUUCUUGGGUACAGGAGAGUACGAGAACUUAACUUUACCAAAUGGGGGUUUUGGCUUAGGAUUUAAGCGGUUUAGUUCAAAGGAUGGAUCGACCAUUGCGUUUGGUCACUCAGGAAUGGGUGGAUCUACAGGGUUUUGUGAUGUUACUAACAGAUUUUCUAUUGCUGUGACAUUGAACAAAAUGUCGUUUGGAGGUGUCACUGGAAAAAUUGUCCAGCUUGUCUGUUCAGAGUUAAACAUUCCUGUGCCAGAUGAUUUCUUAAGAUAUGCAGCUGACCAAAGGGGAGAUGCAUAUCCAGGGAGGCCUAUGAUUAAUUAA